AUGGCGGCCCAUUCUUCGCAUCCCGCGAGGCUGCCGCUGCUCCUCAUUGUGGCGUCGCUCGCAGCCGUUGUAGUCACCGCGCAGAGCUCCUACAGCAUUGCUGACACGCUUCCUCGCUCUGCCUCCACCUCUCCGCCGCCAUCCGCCAACCCCUCGCCCUCCGCCUCUCCGCCGCCAUCCGCCAACCCCUCGCCCUCCGCCUCUCCGCCGCCAUCCGCCAACCCCUCGCCCUCCGCCUCUCCUCCGACCCCUGUCUUUGCGCCUGCGAAUACGUCUGCCUCGGCGCCGCGGCUUCUUCCGUCCGCCGCUGGCGGAGACGGGCUGGGCGGCACGGCGGGUGGGAAUGGAUCCGACAGUCGCAAUAACGCGUCGCUCAUUAGCGGAAUAUUGGAUGGCGAAUAUGGCAGGUACCUGCAGGGGGGACUGACGGCGCACGUGUGGGGGCAGCCACUAGUGACAUCGCAGCGCAAUGCUGCCACCUACCCUGCCAUCAACGCGCUGCAGCGGCAAACCAACAUCACCACCGCGCAAGACCAGUCCACCAUCCCAGUGUCCAACACGGACACGCUCUACGCGUCAGCAUGGCUGGACCUCGCCGCGGGCCCUCUACUGCUCUCUCUGCCGCUGGUGCCCCAGCCGCGCUACUACAGCGCGCUGCUGCCCAUGGGGCCGGGCCGCUUGCUGUCAUGCGGGGGAGGGGGCGGGGGAGGGAGUGGGGGUGGGGGUGGGGGAGGGGGAGGGGGUGGGGGAGGGGGAGGGGGAGGGGGAGGGGGAGGGGGAGGGGGAGGGGGAGGGGGAGAGGAGAAGGCCUCGAGCAGCAGCGACACAGUAUUGAGUGUGAGCAGCAGGACUCGCAAUGUGUUUGUGAUCGUGCGCGUGCUGGUGGCGGGGCCUGAUGACCAACGUCACUCUUACGCGCCCAACCACCAACGCCCCCCCCCCACCCCCCUGCCGCCGCCCGACCUCUCUGAGCUGGCGGGGCUGCCAGAUGGCAUGCAGCGAUUGGUGCUCAUCGACCGCACACUACAGGACAACCCGCCCGCCCAGGACCAGGCUAACCUCGAGGCACUCAGCCAGCUGGCAGGCAUAGGCAUCUCCCCCUCCGCGCCGCCCUUCUCCCCCGCCGCCCUCUCGCCGCUGCAGAGCACCGCGCUCGCGCAGGCGUACGCACUGGCGAAUGUGACAAUAAGGGGCGCGUACGCGCUCAUGCUGCUGGGGGUGAACCGCUCUGUUGUCGUCAACCGCUGGCUCGCUGACACGUCGCUGGGCUACUACGGCGAUCGCUUUCUGUUCAGAGCGGCCUUCUCAUCCACAGGGGGUCUGGGAGCGCUGCCCGCAUCCGAAUCGCUCUACUUCUUCACCUGGCAGGGGCCCUUUGGCCUGCGCUACGACGGCUCCUCCGCCAACUACUCGCUGCACCUCUCUCCACCGCCCGUCACCGCGUGCGGCUUCUGGUCGCUCACAGUGUACAACGCGGACGGGUUCCUCCCCCCAGGCAUGUGGCGGAACAGCAUCGGGGAUCGCACCAAGGGGUUGGUGUUCAAUCCGGACGGCACACUCACUGUUCCCAUCCAGCUGGCCGCGCCGGCCAAUGCGAGCCUGGGGGCCAACUGGCUGCCGACACCGAAUGCAACGUUUUCGGUGGCGCUGCGGGUGUACUGUCCCUCGGAGAGUGUGCUGAAUUGGGAGUGGCGGCCUGAGGCCGUGCAGGUGGUGUGA